AUGUCUAGUAAAAGAGGUAAAAAACGAUUAAAAAAAUCUACCCAAAAACCAAUUCAUUAUGUUCAACUUCGAACUCAUCGACAAUGGCCAAAUGAAUCAAAUUAUAAGUCUCAUAUUGAAGUACAUAAUUCGAAAUUAAAACCAAUUGUAUAUGAUAUUGAUCGUCAUUUAAAUAAUAAAUGGAUUAAUAUUCGACGAUCACAAUUAAUUAAUGAUUUAAAUGAAACUUAUCAACAAGAAAUAAAAAAUUAUUUUUUACAUAAAAUAAAUUUAAUUGAUUAUAGAUAUUUUUCUUUAAAUAAUCAAUUUGAUGAAAAUGAAAAAUUUAUCCGAGAAAGUUUUAGUCGUUCAAUUGAAAUAACUGAUCAACUUAUCUAUUUAUAUAAACAAAUAGAAAAUGGUGAACGUUAUAUUUAUGAAUAUCGUCUAAAUAUAUUAAAAUAUGAAUUUGAACAAGAACAGCAAUCUUUAAAACAUUUAUUUAUUGAUAGAGAAAUAAAUGAACUUAAUAAUCAAAUAAAUAUUUUAAAUGCUAUCGAACAAGAUGAUGCUCUUAAACAAUUUAUACAAUUUAAACUUGAUAAACGAGAAUUACAAGAAAAAUUUGUUAAAGAAAUCACAAUGUUACGCUCAGAUUUUCAAAUACAAAUUACAUCCUUAAAAUCAACAGUAAAUCAAAUAAUUUAUUCCAAUGAACAGCAAACAAGUAUUAUUUCUAAACAAUGUCGUUCUUUAUACGAUAAAACAAUUAAAUCAAAAGAACGUAUUGAUCAAGAAAUGAUAUCAGUUUAUAUUUUAAAAAGAAAAAUUAAACAAAUAAAAAAAUUGAUUAAUCACAUUGAUACAAAUACUAAUCAGAUUAAUCGAUUUAAACAUUGUCCACAAGAUCAUCAAAGUAAAAAUGAAGAUUAA